CGUCACACACACUCCACCCGGACCGACCAACACCACCCCACCUGGCAGUUCACCACUCCACCCCGGCAGACCGCCACUCCACCCGGCAGACCACCACCACCACUCCACCCGGACCGACCGCCACUCCACCCGGGGGCGACCACCACCACCACUCCACCGUCACACACACUCCACCCGGACCGACCACCACCACCCCACCUGGCAGUUCACCACUCCACCCAGGCAGACCACCACUCCACCCGCCAUACCACACAGCACAACCCUAUCACGCGUUAUCACAAUACAAUUAAUAUGUGUACGUCAGAAAGUAAUUAUUUAAAAAAUAUUCGUGUAUAAUGUUCGGCUGUCCACCCCCCACUACCUCGGCAGACCACCACCGCCAUCAACCUCCCUACCCCGUAUAGCUGUAACCCCGACUGAACCACGCGCAAUCUUCAGUCGCAGUUUUCCUUUCAUAGUGACAAGUUGUAACACAGUGUAUAAAAAUGGCUUCAAGCAGUGAACGGGUAUACAAAUAUAUUGCGCCUGCACCACCGGCCGAACUCAUCGACUGUACCAACUACACAAUCGAUUUUGUAAAUCGCAAGUUUUUACAAGUCGGCAUCGAUCCUACACAUGAGUUCAAUGUCUCUGUACGCAUAAUUACUCCGUCGCGUUUUGUAAACAUUUCCGUGGACUUUUUGAAACGUAUAUAUUCAUUGAUGGGGCAUAUUCUAUCACAUAUACUGGAUACUACAGUAAAAUACAAAAGAUUUAUUUUUCUGGAGAACGAAUUUGUUUUGCUUACGUCUAUGAUAUAUAGAGGGGAGUGUAUGUUGGUGAUAGAAUCAAAAGUUGAACAUGGAUGUAGAAUUUUAUUAAGUCCGAAAGAACUAAUGGCAAUUCAAAACAUGGAGUGGACUAUUUUCGAAACCGUAAGCAGAAAAACGAUGGUCGUACGGCCAAUGAUUCUAUUACAACUUGAUCAGAUAACGGAAUAUUUUAAAAAUGAUUAUAAUAUUGAAAAAGACGCGACAUUCGAAGAAUUUGUAGCAAUAAUCAAAGGAAUUCAAAUUGAAUUAAUAUCUAAACAUGUACCGAAGAACAAAUAUAGUUUUAUAAAUCAGAUAAAACUGCUUGCAACUGACCAACUAGCAAUCGGUUGGAUGGAGAAACUUAAUAAAUCAUUAAAAGGUGUCGAAGAAAAUUACGGUCCGGAAGAUUUCUUCUCGCCUCCGUUUACUCAGAGUUGUAUGUCUCGGCCAAGCAAACAGUCAAAGAAGACGGUGAACGAUGAAUACGAUGGACCCGCCCCCGCCAGAGACGAAACAAAAAAUUUAAAAGAUUUUUUCGAGACAUAUGAUUCAGCGAUGACACCAAUAGAAGCCGACAAUAUAGCAGACGAAAACAGUUGUUUUUCUCAAUAUUUGUUUUGAUAUUAUAUCAUAUAAUUAUGUCAUAUUAUGUCAUUAUAUGUUUUGAUAUACAGUUUGUAUAAUAUUUAAAAAAUAAAAAAAUCUUUUUUCUCUAAAUCAUAUAUGUUUUUACUCCCGCCCAUAAAAGGGGCGGGACCACCUUGAGAUUCACCUAUCUAAAUACACCCACCCCAUUAAUACUAGCGGUAUUAGCGCCCCCGGUAUCACACCACAAGA